CACGUACAACCGUGCUUUUCAGGGAGUACUGCUUCUGGACUGAGCUUUGAAAAUGACCAAGGCAAACAAUAACGUUGGACACUGGAAAUACCUGGUCGUUCUAAGCAAGUUCACAAUGUUGUUUAUUGAUAGCGGAAUAGAGAAAUCAUUCGGUGUUCUUAUUCCUACGAUGGUCGAGCGUCUUGAAUCGGACUACGCAACGAUAGGACUAAUCUGCAGCAUGCCGCCGACCAUCAUGUAUAUUCUAUGUCCAUUUGUCACACUUGCUCUCCGGCUAGCUAACCACCGGUCUGUUGCUAUGUCAGGAGGUCUUUUGUCUGGUGUAUGUAUUAUUGCCUGCGCUUUCAUGAGGAACACAGUUGCGGUCGGAGUCUUUCUCGCUCUAGCAGGUGCUGGAUUUUCAAUGACCUUCACACCAUUAAACCUCGCACUGAACGAUUCCUUUCAAGAAAAUUUUGUUUUUUGGAGCACAUUAACUUCAUAUGGCUACACAUCAGGUUCUAUGUUGAUGCCUAUUGUGAUUGAAAAGUCGCUUCAAGCUUAUGGAUACGAAGGUGCAUUCCUCAUUCUCGGUGCUAUUACGCUUCAUACACUCGUAUGCGGCGCGGCGAUUCGGAAGACGGUAGGCAACGGAGAUGCUAGCAGAACUGGCGGAUCCAACAACCAUGGCAAUGCGGAGAAUAAACACAAGCGUGGGAAUCAAAAUGGCGAAUUGAUGAACGAGACGGAUAUGCAUCUUCACUGGGAGGAGGAAGGGGAGGAGGAGGAGUCACAGGAGAAGGAACGUGAGGAUGGGAAUUGCAAAGAAACCUGCCAAGAGAAAAGACGGUUGAUCCAACGCGAGCCUGUCCUUGCCCGAAACGCGCCAGCGGUUCUGUGUCACGGACUACUCCAGGAAAGGAUCUUCCUUGUUUCAAUUCCGAUUGCGUUCUUGGUGAAUUAUAUAAUCUAUGCGUGGAUGCUGUUUCUGGUUCCCCAUGCUGAAGAGUUGGGCAUUCCGCCGCCCAGAGCUAUCUAUCUAUCCACGAUCGGAGGUAUAGCUGGCGUGAUUGGUCGCUCCGUCCUCGUGAUCCUCCUCAAAUAUGGUGCCAAUGAUUUAGUCGUGUAUAUCAUCGUAGGCACAAUCUGUACCUUUUCCUUCUUGUUGGAUUUCAUCGGCUCCGCUUAUCCUCUUCGGGCUGUCCUGGCAUUUACACAGGGGCUCUGCUUUUUCAUCGAGGACAACGUGUAUAUCAGCCUGUCCAAGAAAGCAGUCUUUGACGAGGCGAAUUUUGACAUAGCCUUGUCGCUUUACAGCUUCACCUGCGGAGUCGGCAUUUCAUGUGGAGGGUUAUUGACAGGUUACCUUUUCGAUGUCACCCGAUCUUUUACGAAGGUCUUCAUCAUCAUCGGCUUCAUACAUGCCAUUGCAGUGAUCAAUCUCCUCCUCGUAGUCGUUCUCAUCAGAAGACGAGGCGAAGAGACGAUCAAUAAGUGUGCAUGAAUAUGUACUAAUUUCGGAAAACCAUGGAAAACGGGAUUAAUAUCUUGAAGAGCCAAAUACCUGAAGAACAUUUUGCAUAUUCGACUAUUCGGUCAAUAUGUUCGAUGAAACUGGAUUAUUCGAUUGGUAUGUCCGUAGACAAUGGCAAUGCCGUAUGUAGGAUACCGAAACAUCAUGGACCUACAAAUAGGGGAUUCAUCGGUUAGUUAAUCGAUUCACGAACAUGUGACGGUCAUUGACAUCUGUAACUUUUUUUAAUAGAAAACUAAUAAGGUAUCUUGAAGAGUCAAAUACCUGAAAAACAUAUUGCCUUUUCCACUAUUCGGUCAAUAUGUUCGAUGAAAUUGGAACCACCAUUAGUAUGAAACCGAAACAUCAUGGAACUACAAAUAGGUGGGCAUUUAUCGGUUAGUUAAUCGAUUCACGAACAUGUGACGGCCAUUGCCAUCUGAUUUUUUUUAUAGAAAACUAAUAUGGUAUCUUAAAGAGUCAAAUAUCUGAAGAACAUUUUGCCCAUUCGAUUAUUUGGUCAAUAUGUUCGAUGACAAUGGAAUCCGCCGUACGUAGAAUUCCGGAACAUCAUGGACUUAUACAAAGCGGUUGGCAUUAAUCGGUUAGUUAAUCGAUUCAUGAACAUGCGUCGGUCACUGUCAUCUGACUUUUUUUUUAGAAAAUUAAAAUGAUAUCUUGACCUGGAGUCAAAUAUCCGAAGAACAUAUUACCUAUUCGACUAUUGGGUCAAUAUGUUCUAAGACAAUGGGCACUGCAAUGCGUAGGAUUCCGAAACAUAAAGGACCUAUAGAAAAAAGUGGGCAUUAAUCGGUUAGUUAAUAGAUUCACGAACAUGUGAAUGUCAUUGUCAUCUGAAGUUUUCGAAAACUAAAAUGAUAUCUUGAAGAGUCAAAUACCUGAAAAAUAUUGCCUAUUCGACUAUUCGGUCAAUAUGUUCGAAGACAAUGGGGACCGCCGUUAGUAGGAUUCCGGAACAUCAUGGACCUACUCGGAUGGGCAUUCAUCGGCUUGUUAAUUGGUUCACGAACAUGUGACUGUGACUGCCAUCUGAAUAACAUAUUCUUCAUUAUUGCCUACAUUGAUCCGAUGAUUGUCACCGUCAAGUAGGCCAAUGAUUGAAAGAAACAGUCCAAAGGAAACGUUUCGAGCAGGCGUAUCCCAUAUAACACAAGCACCCACUUUCAGGGCUUUACGCCAUCUUCUAUUACACACUGUAUUUCCAUUCAUUUUUAAAAAUGUUUUUGAUUUUUAAAUUUUAUAUGAUAUUGGAUUAAAUGUCAAUCGGAUGAAAAUGAAUGCUUGAGUAAACUGUAUUGAAUUAAACUGACAUGGAGUCUUGUGCAGGAAGCACCGCAACCUGCGGAGUAUACAAGAACAUAGAUAAUUGUAUUGUAAACUGAC